UGGGCGGAGAGGCGGCGUCCAGCACAAAAAGACAUUUGUCCGCUGGAGUCAAAACUUUUUAGGACGGAUGGAGAGUCCAUCGCCCUUAAACUGGACAAGAGGUCAUCGAUAACGUCCACGCCUCAUAAGGGAUGUUCUGCUGGGGACAGACAGGAGGAGGAACGAACACCUGUCUCAGGUGGUGGGAUAUUGGUGGAGGAAGUGGUUGCCAUGGAGACCAGCGAGGCCAGUGAGGACGAAAUGGGCAGACUGGACAUCGACCUGGACAGGAAGUCCAAACAGCACAACCUGACGUCCAGCAACGUACGCGCCAUCCUGCAUGAGGUGAUUACUCACGAGCGUGUGGUGGCCAUGAUGAAAGCCGCCAUCAGAGACACUCAGAACCUGCCCAUGUUUGAGCCAAAGAUGACUCGAUCCAGACUGAAACAGGCCGUUCAGCAGGGACAGCGUCUGAACUGGAGUCUGUCAGCAGUGAACACAGUCAAG